AUGUCAACUAUCCGCACCAUCCCUUGCGAGCCCAUCACCACCAUGGACCCUACUCGUCCCUCAACACCCUCAAUGAGCCUUGACCAUCACUCAAACACCCCAUCACCUCCCUCUGCCGCCAGCACUCCCACCACAGUCGCCACUCUAACACCCAAUGGCCGUCACCGUGCUGUUCCUCUACCCGUUGCAUCUCAUCAGCGACGCUACUCAAACAACUCUGCUUUCGUUAUGCAUGAAUACCCUCGUCGUCCACCUAGCCCUCAUACCCCUUCGAACAGCGAGUUUGAGGUAACAAGACCUCACGAGUGGCCAGAGGUCAAGAGGAGUUGGUGGAAGAAGAUUUGGAGUUGGAUCAGGGGUUGGGGGUUCCGUUGA